AUGAUGCAUGUGAUACGGGUAUCACUAAAUGAACAGCAGUUCAUAAAGACAUUAGUAAAAUUGAAAAAACGCAUUCAAGAAUGUUACUUGAAAGGACCCUGGAUAGGCAUAACUGAACCUGGGACUAUUGGGGCACCAGAGGGGUUCAAUUUGUGGGUAGUAUUACCUGAAGAAGUUUUAGGUAGCUAUUGGUACAAAGUCCGCAGCUUUGCAACACCAAUGACGCCACAAGCAACUCUGGCCCCAGCAUUACCAGUGGUCUUGCUCAGCUCAUGGCCUCCCUUUCCCAAAUCAUCAGGAUCUGCAUGA